GACAAGGUGCAGUGCAGCGCAGCAUCCAUGAAGCAACCCAGACCGAGUUAUCAUCAGUUAGCAUCACCAUGGAAAUCAAGCUAGCGACCACCAAACUGAGGUGAAUUUCUUCGCGCCUCGAUAAAAUACGCGCCAUACACAUUUAUGACGACGUUAAGCCCACCGUAUGACUUCUCCAGAGGACAAAAGUGUUUCCUGGAGGGCGAUAGGGCCCGUGUUAGAGCUGUCCAAGAAAAAAUGCCGGUUGAUUCACUCAUCUGACGGACGCGACGCGGAUGUUUGCCUCUUUUAUGUACGCGGCGAAUUCUUCGCGAUGGACGCGCGCUGUGCUCAUUCAGGAGGUCCUCUCUGUGAUGGAGAUAUUGAGGAAGCUGAUGUUCUUCAGGUCUUCUGCCCUUGGCAUGACUAUGACUUCAAUCUCAAGACAGGGAAAUCAAGCACAGGUUUACAGCAAACGCUCACACGGAUGAAGAGCCAAAUGAACAACAGUAUCAUCCCACAGGUUUCACCGGCCCCCGUCCCAAGAGUCUCUGUAAUUUCCCCACGAGGAGUCACGCUAUACGUCAGCUGAUUAACUGUAAUAACAAUUUGGCUAAUGAGGUUGUUUACCUCCAACCCACGGGUGCUGAAACCUAUUUGCAAAGAUGUAUGCAUGCUCGAAGACUUCAAAACAACCCUGAGUCCCGAAGGAUGGAUAACCGUUGGAAAUGGAAAUAGAAGCGGAUUGCAUUAAUUUGUUUUACUCUAUAAAAAAAAAGUUUCUUUUAAAGGGACAGUUCACCUAAAAAUUCGCCCUCCUGUCUUUCUAAAACUUUUGGGUACCAAAAUAAAGUUUCUUUUUAAAAUCACUUUGAUAACAUUUCCCCGUUUCUCUCUUUAUUCUGAAUCACUGUAAUUACUCCAGUGCAUCACAUGACAGCUAAAUAAGCACCUCUCCAGUUAAACCAGUAUGCUUAUUUUUGUGACAAAAAUCCGGUCCACGAUUCUUGUAAGUACUGAUUUGAGAAAGGAAAUGAGUGGGUGAAAGCCGUAUAAAAAGAACAUAAUGAAACUACAUUGAUAUUACCAUAGUACACAACCUUAGUCUCAUUCCCUGCAUCUCUGGGUUCGCAACAGCUCGACUCUGGAUACGAGAGAGAAAGGCUUUAGAUGGGGGAUGGGUUGGUAGCCUUUAUGUCGCGCCUGACAUCUGCUAAUUUAUUCGGUACAAAAUCGCUUUCACGCAUUGUCACAUGCGUUCUUGAAUGUCAGCUGAUGGAUACGGGGCCUGCUGUGAACACCACCGCAAUCAUUUGCUUGCAUUUAACAUUGCAUUUGAUAAAGGUGGAAGUAGAAAAAUUUAGUUUAAAGGUCAUUGUGCAAUUGCAGAGCCAUUUCAAUCUGGAAAAAAUGUCAGUAAAGUCGCACUUACAGUAAUUAAAAACACAGUUGUCAGUUAUAGCAUAUUUGACAAACUUGAUUGUUAAGUUGAUAGGGAGGUAAAAAAAACUUAUGCCAACUCAAAUCAAAGUGUUUUUACAUUUGGUCAGUGACAAAAACGGUUUGGCAAGAUUAAAAAAUCAUUUAAAAAAACUUGUUUUAAAAGCAUGCAUCAGGUUUAUUUCAAUGCACAUAGUGUAUUUAUGUUAAUUGUAUGCAGUAAAAAAUUUCAUUUGCACCAUUUUUAUGAAAGUUAAGAGUGAAUGGACCUGAAAAUGUCAAAUGGUGUAACCGCCAAUUGCGCCAAAGAAUGAGAAAUAUUAAAUAUUUUA